AUGCGCGAAGCGACCGACGAGGCUCUACAGCGCCUGUACUGGGCAUGUCGACGCGGUUCCGGCUUUCCUGGGCCUGUCCCAGAUGAAUCAAACGGCCCUCCUUCCACGGCUGCAAUCCUUGAUGCGUUGGCCCUGAGACCGUCGAUUGAGGAUGUAGGACGGCUAGGGGACCUACAAAAUGGUGUCAACCUCAGUGACCCUCCUGACAGCUUACACGAGCACUCGAGGAGACUAUCUUCUGCAGAGUCUCCUAUGAAGGAAGAAUAUCUCCCUUCACCUCCCCAAUCAUGCCUCAGUAAAACUUCAACGGUCCAUCGCCAGAACUCCGAUUCUUCUCUAGCCACUAUCAAUCACACCGCCAUCGUGCCAGCAACAUCCCCUAACAUGCACAUGUCCGAGCAGUUGCUACAAUCUCCCUCGAGAAACGAGUCCUCUCACAGUAAUGGAAUCACAAAUAGACUGGGUCCCCCAUAUACAGAGAGUUCAUCCAGCUUGUCUUUUGAUAUGGAUGCCUAUCUGGACACGAACUCUUGCGUAAUGCCUUUUCCUUCAGCGGAUCCAAUAGGCACCAUGCAGAACUCAGCACAGCUUGAUAUUUCAGCAAUGAUGGAGAACAACCACGCUUUUCAGCCCAUGGACACAGCCUCUUCGAAGUCAAGCUUGAUAGACGAAGCCUAUCUCUCACCUUGGCCUGGGUCACUAGCAGCAAUCUAUCAGAUUGCCGGAAUGGCUAAGUAG